GUUAACACUUCGAUCGAGGCAGUUAGUUUGUAACGAACAUCACGCUGGUUUAGACGUGUUAAACGCUCGGCAAUAACGCUUGUAGAAACAAAGACAAGAGUGUUUCGGAUUGAAUAGUUUCAGUGAAACCAAACACAAGUUGUAAACAAAUUGCAUCAAAAUGAGUUGCGGAAUGACAAUGGUUAAAUAUACUCUAUUCCUCUUCAAUAUUCUAUGUUCGAUAUGUGGCAUUCUAUUGAUAGUAUUUGGAGCUAUGCUCUUCUCCAAUAUCCACACAGUGGAGGAUUUUGCGGAAGCAGUUAAAACGCAACAGGUGCCCCUAACAAUGAUUGUAUUGGGUAUUGUCAUAUUGCUGAUAUCGUUCUUCGGCUGUUGUGGUGCGAUUCGGGAAAGCUAUUGCAUGUCAAUGACAUAUUCCAUUCUAUUGUUUGUACUGAUGAUUGGUCAAUUGGUUUUGGUAACAUACAUGUGGCUGCAAAAGGAUAAAUACCUGGUCAUUAUGGGUGAUGUUGUCGAAAAAGCCUGGCAAAAUAGAACACGCAAAUCCGACUACAUGGAUGCUCUCCAAAUCAGCAUGGAGUGCUGUGGCAGAAGUGGUCGCGCUGACUACCAUUUCCAAGGAUAUUACCCACCGUCUUGCUGCAAGGAUGUGCGCCAGUGUAACGAUUCGACCGCUUUCAAUGUUGGCUGCAAACAGGCUUUUGUUGAAUUCUGGGAUAAAAAUGCCGAUAUUAUAAAAUACGCUGGAUUGGCUAUUGCCGCCAUUGAGUUUGCCGGUUUCAUUUUCGCCUGUUGUUUGGCCAACAACAUUCGCAACUACAAGCGUCGUUCUGGCUAUUAGGGAGUAGUUGAAAAAAUCUGACCAAAAACAGCAACGAAAGCCAGCUUCAAUUCAUGUAUACAUACAGCUCAUUGUAUCCGCCCACCACCCUCUACCCAAAUAUUGUAGUAGAGUAAAUUAUAUACACAUCUAUACAUACAUAUUACAAGAACUUAAAACUAUUUUAAGUCAAAUAUUUGAACAAAAAUGAAUUAUUGUUCUUAAAAAAUAUCUUAAGUUUAACAUAUAAUACUUGUGUUUAUAUUUUACAUUUGAAUCUCUUGAAUUGUAACAAAUCGAUUUUUUAUAAAGAAUAUGAUAACUUUUAUCGUUGAUUGUACUCAUUAUGAAAUGUACAAAUUAAUAUUAAUAAAAAGUAUAUAUUGUACAAUUUUCCAUA